AUGUCAACGACUACCACCACCACUUCGACCACGCUGACCGGCGCUGCUGACCCCAACUACAUCCCCCGCGGCCCCGUCGAGACGGAACUGCUCUUCUACGUCCCUCCGUCGGACGGCUCCGUCCCCUUCAACUACGUCGAGAAGCCCCCCGAGGGCCAGCCGCAGCGCAACUACAAUGAAGCCGCGCACAAGAUCCAGGUGGAGGACAUCCGGGGCCACGAGGACGAAUACACGCUCGACAAGGACGCCUUCCAGGUGCUGAAGAACGUCCGCUCGGCGACCACCUACGAGACGUUCAACUCGGACGAGGAGAUCCAGCGCGUCUUCUACCCGGAGGUCGAGCGCGUGCUGCUCGACAAUGUCCCCGGCGCCCACCGCGUCAUCAUCUUCGACCACACCAUCCGCCGCGAGAACCCCAAUGCCCCCCGCCAGCCGGUGCAUCGCGCGCACAGCGACCAGACGGACCGCGCGGCCGAGUGGCGCGUGCGCCUGCACGUCCCGGACCAGGAGGAAGCCGAGAAGCUGCUCAAAGGCCGCUACCGCAUCAUCAACGUCUGGCGCCCGCUCAACGGGCCGGUGCAGUCGUCGCCGCUGGCCUUUGCGACCGCCACGUCGGUCAAGGAGAGCGACCUGGUCCCCGUCGAGCAUCGGUAUCCCCACCGGACGGGCGAGACGAUGGGCGUCGUCUACAAUCCCGACAUGAAGUGGAAGUACUGGUCCGGCAUGACAAACGAUGAACUGCUGUUCCUCAAGUGUAGCGAUACCCAGCCGGGCGUGAACAAGAGGGUGCCUCAUUCGGCGUUUAAAGACCCUCGCACGCCGCCGGGGGCGCGGCCCCGGGAGAGCAUCGAGAACUUCAUUCAAAGUCAAGUCAAGGAAAAACGAUCCCCGGUCUGCCCGAUGUUGCUGUUGAGAACGGCCUUCACCAGCAGACCGACCUUUAGCUGUCCUAGCGGGGGGUUGUUUUUCACUGUUUCUGCCUCGUUCUCUACUACCAACAUGACCACCGCCAGUUACACCCUCACCAUCAGCCAGGCCGUCAAGAAGAACCACCGCGAGCUGGAAGGCUACCACAACGCGAUCGUCAAGUCGGACGAUCCGGACGAGCGGAUACGCUUCCAGAACCAGUUCACCUGGGAGCUAGUCCGGCAUGCGGUCUCGGAGGAGCUGAUCGUCUAUCCUGCGUUUGAGAAGUAUCUGGAAGAUGGAGCGGCGAUGGCGGAGAAGGAUCGUGCGCAGCAUCAGGUUAUAAAAGAAAAACUCAAACUCUUCCAAGACAUGAAAGAAUCCGACCCUUCGUUCACACCGACCGCAAACUCCCUCAUGGCCACCCUCUCCAACCACAUCAAGCAAGAAGAAGAAGUCGACCUAGUCAAGCUAGAGGACGUCCUAGCCAAGAGCGAGAGCCUGGCCCUAGCGCGCCAGUUCGACCGCACCAAGAUGUUUGUGCCCACGCGCUCGCACCCGGAAGCACCCUCCAAACCGCCCUUUGAGACGGCGUUUGGCCUCAUGACGGCGCCGGUGGAUCGGUUGAGUGAUCUUUUGUUUCGCAAGUUUCCGGCUGAGUCGAUUACGUCGAAUCCGUCGCCGCAGGGGAGCGUAAGAUCCAUGAAUAAUGAAAGAAUAAUGAAAGAAUAA